AUGCCACCGAUUGUAGAUAUCAUGAGCAUGAACGACAAAAGGAACACAAAUAGUCUUUUAAAAUUUGAUUUCUUGACAGAGAUGGAAUCUGAAAACCUUGAAGAUGUUAUUCUAGAAUCUUCUGAAGUAGGUGCAUGCUCACAAAAUCCAGUCCUUUCCAGAAUCCCAUCCAAUCCUGAGGUGGUCGUUUCUCACAAUAACAUCACCAACAACAGAGCUGGAGGGCCUAAACGUUCAGUGGAAUCAAUUGUUGGUGGAAAUGGAAAUCUGAGAGGUGAUGAACCAGAUGAUGAAGAAGAUAAUAUUAUAACUAGGCUGAAACUUCGAGCAUCAAUGAUGGCAUCGGUUGCUGAUACCAUGAAGAUGAACAACAAAAGGAAUAAAAAUAAUCUUUCAAAAAUUACUUACUUGACAGAGAGCGAGUCUGAAAACCUUGAAGAUGGUUAUAAAUGGCGCAAGUACGGCAAAAAAUCACUCAAAAAGAGCCCUUUUCCAAGGAGCUACUAUCGUUACAUUGCAAUUGGUUGCAAUGCAAAGAAGAGAGUGGAGCGGUACAUGGAUGAUCCCACCCAUGUACUAACCACCUAUGUGGGUUUGCACGCUCACGAUUUGCCACCAAUCCUUCCUCCUCCAUCAAGAUCUUUCAACCUCUACAAUAACUCCACCGUAAGCCCCAAACUUGGUAAAGGAAGCGGUGUACAAAAACCUAUACUUUCAGAUGCAAGUGCAGGUGCAAGGGAAAGAAUGUAUGCCAACAACACUAUUACUAGUGUUAAUGUUAGAACUGACAGUGAUAGUUGUGUUAAUGACGUUAGCUCGAUUGAGGAUAUUGGUACUGGACUGCUUGAGGAUAUUGUUAAUUUGUCAUCAAUAGCACCUCAUUAUCAACAUCAUCAACCAACAUCUCUAUAG